AUGGACUACUGCCAGAAUGUCAUGACCUGCGCCAAUGCUCUUCGCAACAUCGGCCACAGCGUCUCCGAGUCCCAACUGCUACUCAAUCUGCUGCGCGGUCAGAACCGCACCUACUACACCACUACAGGCAACAUCACCGAUAGCAAGCCUCUCCCCAUGUUCACCGAGGCUAGGAGCAUGCUUUUCGUUGAGGAGCUUCGCCUCGCUAACGAGAUCAAAGUGGCCGCUGACACUGCCAUCAUCGCUACUGUCUCCCAAGGCUCAGGCUCCGACAAUUGCGGUCCCACACUACCCACAGGCUUUGGCGGCUUUGCGCCAACUUCAGGUGCCUCCUCCAGCUCUAGCAACAAACAUGGCAAUCGCUGUGGCGUCUGCAACUGUGGUGUCACGGGCAGCCAGCAACAGCAGCAGACCACUUCGUAG